AUGCAAGAAGUGUGCCUUCCGGUCCUGGACGACCUUGUCAAGGAUUACGCGGAUGGUGUUGCAGGCCAGGCAACAGGCAUGUGGCAGCAGUGCGAUGCCAUGCGCCAAGCGCUGCUAGCUGGAGAUGUCGAUGCCGGCCUGGCAAUUAUGCGCGACGUAUGCCCUGCCGCUCUCGAGGAUGUGAGGCUCGUAUUCCGUGCUAAGAAGCAAAAGUUCGUGGAGUUGCUUCGCGCUGGCGGGGAUCCAGAGGCCGCUCUAGGCUUGCAACAACCUCUGUUGAGUCUGCAGCUGCGCUUUCUGCUACGACUGUACGGCAGCUACCCAGCGUCCUCAGCAGCACCCGGUGGCGCAGUGGCGGCAGAGCUGGCGCCGAGGCUGCGUGCCGUGCCGCGAGCAGCCGCCGCCGGCGGCGGCGCCGGCGGCAGCACUAGCGGCGGUGACCGCGACCCGCCGCCGCUGCCGCCACUAGCGGCGCCGCCAUCCCAGCCCGGGGCCGGCGGCGGCAGCGGCGGGGGGCCGCCGUCGUUUCCCGAAUCCCGGAUGCAGGCUGUGAUCCACGGGGCCGGUACCAGCCGUCAGGCGGCUACGGAUGCCAUGAAGCGGUCGGGGGGGGACGCGCUAAGUGCCUUUAAGGCCGAGGUGGGUCGUCUGCGGCUCAACGAGCAGCUCCUGGCCGAGCUGACGCUCGAGUACGGCAGGUUUCGGGGCCUGCUAACCCCGCAACAGACGGUGGCAUUGGAGGCGCGCGCAGCAGGCCCCACUGGCGCAGCCGCCGCAGUGCCUUCCCCGUCCUUGGCCACCGCUACAGAACCCACGCAACCCCAGCUUAGCAACCCGCACGAACAGCAACAACAUCAACAACAACGCCAACAACAACAGCAACAGCAGCAGCAGCAGCGGGAGCAACAGCAGCAGGGGAUUCAGUCGGAAAGCCAACAUCAUAAUCAUCAUCAGCAGUUGCAUUUAUAUGGUGAUCGGAGUGCUGUGGUGGCGGAGGCGGCGGGUCAAGGGCGGCCGUCGGCGGCAGUAGCGGCAGUAGCAGCAGCAGCAGGGUCGGCGCCCGGGCCGUUGGGUUUAGCUCGCGGCGAGACCUCCAGGGAGGGGACCAGCCCGCCCAACAAGGUCGCGCGAAGGACGCCGCCGCCGCCGGGGGAUGAUGGCGCCGCCGCCGCCGCUGACGGUGGCAGCGGAGACGGAGGCAAACAGUCCGGCGGCGGGCAGCACCUGGAUGUGGAAAUGGGGGUGGAGGCGACGACGACGGCGGGGACGGACGGGGCUGCCGGCGGUGUAACGGCUGCAGCGGCGGCAGAGGCGAUGCCGCCGCCGCUGCCGUCCUCGUCAUCGAUGAGCUCAAGAUUUGGAUUUGGAUCUGGAACGGGGGCUUCGGAGCGGGAGCUGCAAGCCCAGGAAGUUCUUUCCACGCUGCUACGGUUGGGGCAGGAAGGUGACGUGGACGGUGUGCUGUCCCUGGUGGGGAGUGUAGACCCCGGGCUAUGGGCGGAACACCCGCACCUGCUGUUCGAUGUACGGCGAUGCCAGUACGGCAAGCUGCUGGCGGAAGGGCAGGUGGCGAAGGCGCUCGAGUUAGCACGCAGGGAGCUCACGCCGCUAGCCAACGCCCACCCCACGCUACUGCCGCUCCUUAAAAGCGCCAUGGCGGCGCUACUGCCACCGCUGCCGCCGCCUGCCGGGCCGCUGCCGCCGCCGCCGCCGCCGGUGUUUCACAGCCUCCUUCCCUCCAAUCCCGGCGCACCAGUGGCAGUGGCGGCGCCACCUGCUGCUACUGCCGCGGCCGGCGGCGGCACUUAUGCUCCUCCUUCCACGUCGCUAUUAGCGGCGUCGGCGGCAGGCUUGGCGUCGCCUUCCUUGCUACUGCCGUCCUUGCCGGCUGUGGUGGCUGCCAUUCAGGCCGUCCUUCAGCCCAGGCUGGGGGUGCAGGGCCCGCGUCUGAUAAAGCUCAUGGAGGGCCUCCUAGCAAGCCAUCGCGCCUGGAUCAAGGCGGAAAAGAUGAGCUUAGACCCGUUCGCAGAGGCUAUGAAGAUUACGGCCUUGCGAGGCGCGCCUGUGGCGGCUGCGACGGCGUCGCAGGCCCGGCAAGCGGCGGCGCCGGCACCGGCGGUUUCAGCACCGCCGCCGCCGCCGCCGCCACCACCGCCACCACCGCUGCCUACAGGCCUGAGCGCGCGUACGGCCCGGGCGCUCGGACGAGCCCUUCGGGAUGCUGGGGGUCCGGAUCAGGGCUUGGUACGGCCGUGGUACGACAUCGAGCAGCAAAUUCUGGCGGAGAUGGGCAUUCCCUUCGGGGGUGGAAGAGAUCUGCCGGGUUGGUUGAGAGCGCCGGGAGGAAGGGGGGGAGCAGGAGGAGGCGGUGGCGGUGGUACACGGCACGGUGUGUUUGCGGGUGGCAUUCCUGGUUUGGUUGAUGGGGAAGAGGACGAGGAGGAGGAGGGGCGUGGUCGGGGUGCCGCCGGCGGUGGGGGGCCCGGCGGUGGGGGCGACGACGAUGACGACGAUAGCGGCGGUAGCGGGGAGAUGAAUUUGGAUGAAGAGGGGGUGCUACAGCUGAUGGAGAUUUUGGAGAUGCCUCGCGAAUCCUUACCAGAGGACUUACUUGAGAAGCUAUCUUCACUUCCGCUUGGCAAUUUGCAGGAGGCCCUGACCCACAUCGACUUGGAGGACCGGCUCGCAUGGCAUGAUCUGUUGCUGAUGCGGAACCAAGAUCUGGCGGUCCAAACUCACUCCUCGUCGUAUUCAUCGCCGUACUACAUGGCGCCAUCGUCGGCCUUGAACCCCCGAAACGUGGUAUCGGCAUUCCUGUUUCGAGAACUGGUCUUGAGUGAAAAAGUGGCCGCGGUGUGGGAGGCUGGGAACCGAGGAUUGCCCCUGUACGGCAUCGAGCUGGACGACCCAGUCGCUUACGAGGGCCUUAUACGGGUCAGUGUGCAGGUGCUAGCGGCGCCAGUCAAUCUGGCGGGAAACAAGCCCAGCUUGGCGAUGACGAAGGCAUCCCAGUUGAUCGUGAACCAGCAACAGACGUUGCAGCGGCAGAGGCGGCAGUUGGCUGGCCUUAUGCUGCAGUGCAUGAGCCCAGAGUCUUACAUGUCGUACGUGGACAAGACGGACGCGUUGUGGUCAGACGAGCGGCGGGUGGGGCGGGAGGUGGCCGAGCACCACCGGCAGCUCACGGACAUGCGGGAAGGUCACUUCUUAGAGCAAGUACGGCAGGUGGCAACGGCGGCUGGCGGCUCUGAUGGCAGGCCCUGCAGGCGGCUGGUGCUGAUAGUGGGACGAGCACAUGCAGCCCGAAUGCGCAGAACAUUACUACUUCAACAACAACAACAACAACAACAACAACAACAACAACAACAACAACAACAACAACAACAACAACAACAACAACAACAACAACAACAACAACAAGCGCAGUAACAACAGCACUGGCAGAGGCGGUUUAUGAAUAUCAGGGGAGAUGAAUAACAAGCGGAAGAUCUGAAAACAUCACUGGGCCGUGCGAAAAAUUCAGCAUGGAAAAACGUGGUCUUUUGUUGAUUAACACUUAAACCUCUGCAAUACUGUAAAGUACUAAAAU